AUGACACAUGAAACAAAUGACAAUUCAAGUGGUUUGCAAUUGUUGUGUGAUUCGUCAACCUCCAAAAGCGUUAAUAUACCACAAUUGGGAAUGCUUUUUUCAUCCGAAGAAGAAGUUCGUGCUUUUUAUCAGUCAUAUGCCCAAAAUCUUGGUUUUGGUAUUAAAAAGCAGAGUUCCAAAAAAGGAGAAGACGGACAGCUAAAGUAUUUAUGUUUUGGAUGCGCCAAAGAAGGUAAGCUUGUUUCUAAAGGAAAUAAUGCUUAUAAUAGUAGACUUUCUAGUAGAACGAAUUGCAAAGCAAAGAUUAAUAUUAUAGUUAAGAACGAUGGAUUUUUUCAAAUUACAAGUAUGCAACUUGAACAUAAUCAUGCAUUAAGUUCAACAAAGUCACGACAUUUCAGAUGUUAUAAAGUGUUAGAUUCUCAAACAAAGAGAAAAUUAGAGUUGAAUGAUCAAGCUGGAAUUACUUUGAGUAAAAGUUUUAAAUCAUUUGUUGUUGAAGCUGGUGGUUUUGAAAAUUUGUCGUUUUAUGAGAGAAAAUGCCAAAACUAUGUGGUUGAGGCACGACGACUAAGACUUGGGAAUGGUGAUACAGAAGCUAUAAAUAAUUACUUUUGCCGUAUGCAAAGUAGAAAUGAAAAUUUCUUUUAUAUGAUUGAUGUAGAUGACAUUGGUCGUAUAAAAAAUAUAUUUUGGGCUGAUGGAAGAUGUAGAGCUGCGUAUGAGUAUUUUUAUGAUGUUACAUUUGAUACUACUUAUUUGACUAAUUAUUAUGAUAUGCCAUUUGCUCCGUUUGUUGGAGUAAAUCAUCAUGGUGAGUCUGUGUUGCUUGGUUGUGGUUUGAUUUCUAAAGAAGAUUCUGAAACUUUUAUUUGGUUAUUUAAAACCUGGUUGACAUGCAUGGGAGGCCGAGCUCCACAAGGUAUUAUUACUGAUCAAUGCAAAGCCAUGGAAAUUGCAAUUGGUGAAGUAUUUCCAGAUUCUCAUCAUCGCUUAUGUCUUUGGCAUAUCACAAAAAAGAUUCCAUUCAAAUUUAGUAGUUAUGCUAAUUAUAAGCUCAUAAAGAAGAACUUGAAAAAUAUUGUGUAUAAUUCAUUGAUAGCUGAAGAAUGUGAUAGUAAGUGGAAGAAAUUUAUUGAUGAAUUUAAUUUGGAGGAAAAUGAUUGGUUGAAUUCUUUGUAUAAGAUUCAUCAUAAGUGGUUGCCUGCGUUUGUGAAAGAUAAAUUUUGGGCUGGGAUGUCAACUAGUCAAAGAAGUGAAACGAAUAAGGCGGAAGCUCUAGAACCUCCAGAACCUAAUGCGUAUAAGUUUAUUCUAGAGCCACCUCCCUUUCUCCGUCGCAGCAAUAAUACAUUGAUUGAAUUAAAGAUCUGA